UUGACUUGCGUGUCCCCCUAAAAUAAUCCAUUUUAAUAAAUACAUUUUAAUUCAGACAUUACAAACUAUUAAUUGAAUCUAUUAUUGAAUAAAACCAAAAAACAUGUGACUCGUUGUUGACUCCUCCUGUUAUUGUGAAUGAGAACUAAAGAGUAUGUGUCUGUUUUACAAAAAUGUUCAUUGAUAAUUCUUGUUUCAGCGUAACUCCGUGGCCCCUGCAUUAAAACCUUGGGGCUUAAACACUUCACUAGAUGUGGUUCCUCAGUCCCAGCUGCUUUUCCUACAACCAGUCAUGCCAGCUGGUGACUGUACCGGCCAAAGCUCUGACAAGCAGAAACAUUCCAGAAAGCAUGUUCCCAUGCAAAACACCUUUCAAAAAAUUGGCCCCCAUCUUGCACAAGGGUCUACAGUCGACGAAGGUCCCAGUGCUAUCAAUAAGAGGUCAAACCACAGUCAUGCUGGAAGACAUCAACGACGCCGUUAUGAUGAAAAACCUUUCCACACUUCCUCUUUGAAACAGGAUGUGUCCGAGACAUUUAAAGAUUACGAUGUAGACCCCAACAUUGCUUCUUUGGGAGAAAUCGGUCACGCUGUUGAAGACGUAGCUGUGAAAGACUCUUCAUCCAGGCUUUCUGACCUUCAGGAUCCCCACACCACCACUUCACCAUUCUCACUGUGCACUGACUCCUUCCUCGCUUCAUUCCCUCAAAAGAGUCCCGAAGCUUCAGUCACCCAGAGCAGUGAUGUGGAGAAUAUCCCAGAGGCCCUUUCUCCAAGCUCCAGCAAACGCAAACGCUUCUGCAACACGUAUAACAUUUUGAAUCGGUCAGGACUGCUGGGUAUCACACUGCGCACAAAGGAACUUAUUCGACAAAAUGAACGUUCCCAGGCCCAGCUUCAGAGUCUGCAGGCUCAGACUGACCUCUUCUUGGAGGCCAUAUGUAGUGGAGAUCCCAAAGUCUGGACGAGAUUGCAGCUUAUCCUCCAGAACUCCGGAAACAGCGAGGAGACACCAGUGGACUCACUGGUGGACUCUGUAAGGGGUGCAGAGCAGGAUAUCACAGAUGUGGGUUGUAUGGUGUAGUAGCAGGUUCAGAUUGUAUUAUUUCAGCUGUUGUAUUCUUGCUCCAACCGGCACUUUUCUAAUCAGUCACUUAGCAAAUUUUCAACAUCUUGUCAUAAUAUCAGUAGGAAACAUCAAAGAUUUGAGUCUUCAGUAGAGUCCAGAGAUCUAGUUAUCACUCCAAGCAUUAUCUAUCCAACAGUAGUCAUCUUUAUCCUUGUGUCAAAACUAUAUAACGACAGUGUUUAGGUUACAGUUGCACCUUUUUCUAAAUAAAGUGAUACAGUGAUUCAGAAUUUAUUAGCAAACUCAAUUUGAAAAGAACGCUAUUAACCGUUCUAGUAUUUCAAUCUAAUUGGUUACUAUUUGGAAAGGAGGCCUUGGAAAACCAGAACUGGAAUGCAAAAAUAGUUUCUGCUCGGAAUCAAAGAAAAUGGAAAACAGUUAUUUUCUAAUCACUGUAACUAAAAAAGUCCUUUAACAAAUGAUGAAGAUAUGAGUACUUAAGUAUAAGUGCACAAUAAUGAUUUUUUUUAAUUCAGAUGAAAAUGUGACAUUCAGUAUCAUCCUCGUGAAUAUUUGACAAUUUGUAGAAAUGUGUUUGUAAUAAUAUUGUUUGUAUGUGUAUAAUGUGUUUUCAAAUGCAUCUCCAAGUAAAUGUUCUUGUUAUCUAUGAGAAAGACCAAUGGACGGUAAGAGUAAGGGUAGUAAUAACCGUUUGUUCUGGUCAGAAUGUAUUUGAAGUAGCACUUCAAAUGUGGUUGUUAUUUGUAAUGCCUUGUAUUAUUAAGUGAGUUAUUUACAUUCUUAAUGGAGGUUGUAAUUGUCGUUAGGUCUGGAUGUGAAUGAGCAAAUUGGCAAAUGUAAAAAAAAAAAAAAUUUCCCCAUAGCAAUCUGUUAUACUGCAUGCAUACAGACUGUUUAUUGUGUUUGGAAAGCAGGUACUAAUAAGCUUUGAUGACAGAGGCCAGGUUUAGUGGAGUAAUGAAUGCACUGAAUGAAUGUGAUAGCAUGUACACUUUGCAAGUGUACUUUGCUGUACAAAUUUUCUUUUCUUUUUUUCUAUUGUCGUUUUCUGGUUUGCAUUUGUAUUUGCUUUCCAAAAAUAUAAACACAUUGUGUUGAUUUAUCAGAACCCGAUACUAAAUGACACAUUUUUGCUGUAGAAAUCUAUGCAAUAGUCUUGUUUAGUUUUAGUAUUGUACUGAAGUGCAGUUUUGUAUUCU